AUGUCUGAGCGAAAGGUUCUGACCAAAUACUAUCCCCCGGACUUCGAUCCGUCGGCGAUCACUCGGACGCCGAAGCACUUGCGGCAGACCGGGCCCAAGGUUAUCACAGUACGCUUGAUGGCACCGUUCUCGAUGAAAUGUACACAAUGUGGAGAAUAUAUUUAUAAAGGCCGCAAGUUCAACGCUCGGAAAGAAACGACCGAUGAGAAAUACCUGUCGAUCACCAUUUACCGAUUCUACAUCCGGUGCACGAGAUGCAGCGCAGAGAUCACCUUCAAGACAGACCCAAAGAAUAUGGACUAUAUAUGCGAACGCGGGGCUAAACGCAACUUUGAGGUGUGGCGCGAUCCCAAGGCGCAGAACUACAAUGAAACCGAGCAAGAGACUCUAGACCGACUUGAGCGUGAACAGAACGAAGAACAAGAACAGUUGGAGCGCGACAAGAUGGCUGAACUGGAGGAGAAGAUGCUGGAUUCAAAGCGGGAGAUGGCCAUCGCGGACGCCCUGGAUGAGAUCCGCACGCGGAACGCGCGCAUCGAACGCAACGAGUUGGGUCGGGGCGAGGAGGCUGCGCUAUCUCAGGUCCGUGACGAAGUCGACACCGACCGCCUUAAAGCCGAACAGGAGGACGAGGAGACGGCGCGUCGCGCAUUCAUGACCGAGUCCGGCGAACGUGUCAAGCGCCUCGUUGAUGACGACCUGCUUCCCGGUGGUUCCUCAUCGUCCGGCAGCGCCACUGCGCCAGAACAGAAAGAUAUGCCUCCUCCGCCACCACCCUCCUUUGCCCGAGUCAAGAGACCCAAGAAGCCGCUCGUCAACAGCUUGGGAAUCAAGAAGAAGCCAUCGCUGGUGUAA